UCCGCUGACCAAGACAGACUAGACUGCACUGCGAGAGAUUCUUCUGGCUGGUUUCUGACAGAAGGCUGAAAACUCAUAUUGGAAGUUCCGUUUAAACCGCCACGAAUAUGACCAAAUUGGUUUUAUUCGAUCUCGGUGGAGUCGUGGCGACGACGCCUCAGUUUGCCAUACAGAGUUAUUCCUGGGAAACAGGUGUACCCGUCUCUUUGCUGCAGAAACUGUUUCUUCCGAGCAAUGAGAACCAGCCUAUGUGGCAGCUAGAGACUGGGAAAAUAUCUCUUAGUCAGUUCUUUGUAUCAGCUUCAGAGCUGAUAUCCAAUCUUGCUGAAGAAGAGGGAAUCAAGCUACCACCAAGGUUCAGCCUGAAGACCCUCUUUGACCAGCUCUACAAAACCAUCAAAGUUGUCCCUGAAAUGCUGAAUGCUGCAGCAGCACUUAAGGCAAACGGCUUCAGGACAUGUAUUGUGUCCAAUAACUGGACCGAUGAUACUGAGACAGGACAGCACGUUUCUGGCCUGUCACUUAUUAGACCUUACUUUGAUGAUUUCUUUGAGUCGUGCAAGAUUGGUAUCCGUAAACCUGAUCCAGAGAUGUACAAGCUUGUUUGUAAAAAAUUCAAAGUUCAGCCAAAUGAGGUUCUCUUUCUGGAUGAUCUUCCUUCUAACCUAGCUCCUGCUAAAGAAAUGGGAAUGGCAACUAUUCUAGUGAAAGACCCCAUUUCAGCUUUGAGAACUGUGAAGGAGAUUACAGGAAUUGAUGUUUUGAAGGCAUAUCCCACCCCAGCGUGUACCCCGAGCAGUGUCCCUCACUCCAUAGUUCAACUGAAGACAGGGAUAAUGAUGCAUUAUGUUGACAUUGGGCAUGGCCAUCCGAUUAUCCUACUACAUGGCUUUCCUGAGCUUUGGUAUAUCUGGAAGUACCAGAUACCAGCGCUUGCAGGAGCAGGAUACAGAGUGAUUGCGCCAGAUUUGAGGGGUUAUGGUCAGACCAGCAGCCCUCAUGACAUCAGUGAAUACUCACGUGAGCUCUUUACAAAUGAUAUUAUAUCUCUUAUGGACCUAUUGUUAUUAAGACAAGUAGCUGUAAUUGGACAUGACUGGGGAGGUAUGGUUGCAUGGGAUCUAGCACUCCACCACCCGGACAGAAUUCGUGCUGUGGCUAACAUGACCCCCUUCAUGCCGCCCAACCCAGAUAUUAACCCCCUUCUGGGACUGAAAGCUAAACCGGGCGUGUUUCAGUACCAGCUGUAUUUCCACCAAGAGGGACCGCCAGAAGCGGAAUUCGAGAAAGAUCUCCGACGAACUUUCAAAUUAUUUUUAAGAAAUGCAUCUGAAAUGGAGCAAAUAAAACUCUCCACAUCUGAUGUUCUGGAACGUGGAGGAUUUUUCGUUGGUACCCCUGAGAAAGUUGAGCGAAGUUGUAUGAUCACAGAGGAAGAUUUGGAUUACUUUGUGGAAAACUUCAGGAAAACUGGUUUUCGGGGCCCCUUGAAUUGGUAUCGCAACAUGGAAGUCGACUGGAAAUGGAAUCUGAAAAUUCAUCCUAGAAAGAUUUUACAGCCAGUUUUGAUGAUUACUUCAGGAAAAGACCCUGUUAUUCUUCCAGCUUUCGCUGCCAAUAUGGGAGCACAUGUCCCUAAUCUCAGUCUUGCUCACAUCGAGGAGUCAAGCCACUUCACCCCAAUUGACAGGCCGCUGGAGCUGAAUAACAUGCUGCUAGACUGGUUAAAGAGAAUCUACGGCAGCGAAACAUCCAAACUUUAGCGUGUUUCCAGAAAAUCUGCAUUUCAAUAGAGAAAGAAAAUAGUAUAAUGAUUGUUGAUUUAUAAUACAUAUAUGGAAUAUAAUUUUAUUAAUGAACUUCUAGGAGUAUGUAAUCCACUUAGCGGUUGCCUAGCUGCCGUUCACGCAAAAGUAGGAAGGAAAACGUUGGGCGAUAGACGAAAGUUGAUAUGGAUUACACGAUUAUGUAAUAAAAUCGGAAGGAUUUGAUUAUAUUUUAUCCUUAUCUUUUAUCUUACCUUUAUCAGCAUGAUUUGAUGACAGUUGUUCAUCUUAAAGAAUUGAUUGUUAUCUAAUUAUACAUAUAAUGGAUGUAAUGGGUGACAUUUGAAAAUUUUCGCUUACUAAUAAAAUCAUAUGCCAAUCUAUAAA